GGGAGUGCGUCAAAAGAGCUUCUGUAUUCAGAUCUAGUGAAUAUCAUCUGCAAUGUGCCCCGAGAUGUCUGUGAAAAUGCUAGCCUCGCUGGCAGUGAUCGGUUUUCUGGUUUUGUCCUCCGCGGAAGGAAUCAGCAGACCUCUGCCUCCAUAUGUGGGUCUGCCCACCCAGGAUGGCCUCACCCGGUUGUUCCUCAACUCGCGGGUCACGCAUCGCGAUCCCUUCGCCUCGGUGGCCUGUUUCGGUGGUUAUAUCGGCGAGUCGAACCUCAUCGCGGAACUGUACAGUGCAAACUAUAGCAGCUGCGCCAAGGCGGCCCAGAAUUCGAGGAGGGGCAUUGACCAUGAUUUCCUGGCAACGCGCAGGACCAUCAGGCUCUCCUCCGAGAGGGUGUGCCAGGAGCUCAGCGUUUGCAACAGGAUCAAUGGCACUCUCGACUCCUUCAACUGUCAUGCCGCAGUGGGCUCCAAUAACACGGUCUCCACGUACAGCAUAUCUGGAAAUGCCUCGGAGUCGGCCAGUUUGCUGCAGGAGCGCUACCGCGUGGUGGAUCUGCAGCACGACCAGUGCUGCCACAAGGCGGAGCGCCACUACGUGGAGUCCACCGCCAAGAACUACAACCACCUGCAGGCCUGUCUGGAUGGCCGGGCCAAGCCAAAGCCCAUGCCCAAGCCCAAGCCCAGCACCACCUCCUCGACCUCCACAACGACCACCACCACCACGACGACCACGGAGGCACCCACCGAACCACCGACCACCACGGAGACCCCUUUAAACUUGGACGAUCAGUUCAAGCAGCUUUUAAACUUGUUAAACUAAUGCCCACUAAAAUGUACAACUUUUUUAAGAACAAGAUAAGUUAUUAAAUAAAGGGCAGUCCUUGGCAAAACAAUCCUUGGGCAAACAUUUGCACAACUUGAAAUUCAA